AAUCUCUUGGCAGGCAGAGUUGUGCGAGUGUGAGUGUAGAGAUAACACUUAAGCAAAGAACAGGAAGAGAGCAGCGCCUUCGCAUACACACUUGUUGGAUCUCCAGUUUCCUCGUCUAUCCCCAGCUGAAGGUUCUCCUCAUGGGCAGAGUGAAGGCUAAGUCUGGGCCCUUGGCUCGGAGGCCAGACAACUCGGCUUUCAAACAGCAGAGGCUCCCUGCCUGGUCUCCCAUGCUAACAGCUAACACUGUGCUGCCCUUCUUCUACAUUAUGGCUUUGAUAUGUAUGCUGCUGGGAGUAUGGCUUCUUCUUACCGUGCAGAGCAUACAGGAAAUAAAGCUGGACUACACGGAGGCCGGGACGUGUGAUAUGUGCUUUAAAAAGCUUAAAAAUGUGAGCAUUGCAGCACAGGGCUGCAGUUGCAGAGUGGUGUUCGCUGUUGAGAAAGCCUUCAAGGGAGAUGUCUUUUUCUAUUACGGCCUGCAAAACUUCCACCAGAACCUCCGCAGAUACAUGGACUCCAGAGAUGAUGGACAGAUGGUUGGCAGGAAGCAAAACUUAAAGAACCCCAGCUCAUACUGCGAGCCAUUUAUAAGAAACAAAGAUGGACUUCCCAUUGCUCCCUGCGGUGCUGUGGCCAACAGUAUCUUCAAUGAUUCCUUCACAUUCAACUACCAUGGCUCCAACGGUUCUCCAGUCAAGGUCCGUCUGUUACGGAGGGGCAUCACCUGGUACACAGACAAAAACGUCAAGUACCGGAACCCACAGAUCGACAACUUGACUCUGGCUGAAGUGUUUAAAGGCACAGCACAGCCACUGUACUGGCAUAAACCUGUGUAUGAUCUUGAUCCCCACGACCCAACCAACAACGGCUUCAUCAAUGAUGACCUGAUCAUUUGGAUGAGAGAGGCAGCCUUCCCCAACUUCAAGAAGCUCUACGGGGUUUUGUACCGAGCCAACAAGCCGUUCACUAAGGGGCUACCAGCAGGGAAUUACAGCAUCGAUAUAUCCUACAACUUCCCUGUGCAGUACUUCCAAGGCAGAAAGGAAGUGGUGCUGACCACACUGACCUGGUUCGGAGGUCAGAACCAUUUCCUGCCCAUUGCUUACCUAGUAACCAGCAGCCUGGUCCUGCUGAUAGCCGUCGCCCUCACCGUGGUCUGGUGGAAAUUUGGAAAGGAUGGAAAAAACAUGGAGGAAUGAAGAGUGAGGAAGUGAUGCUGAGGAGUGAAAGAGUGGAAAAACUCAAGAGCAGCUGAGAUAGAGAUUACAAGAACAUUGACAUACAAAUGUAAGUAAAUGCGGGAUGAGGAGAAGGGAUUUUAAAAAAAACUUCAUUUGGUACAAUACCAUGUGUUGAAAAUCAAUGUUGAUCAAAUGACUCGUGUGAUGGCUUUACUGUGAUGAUGUUGCUCUGCACACCCAGUUGUGUUAGUGUUAAUAUUUUUUGAUUUUACUUGAUAAAUGUUUGUGUUUUUAAAUGUACAUCUUUUUGUUUAUGUACAAAAAAAAUUACAAUAGCAAUUACUGGUAUCCAGUCAUCAAAGUGUUGAGGCUGUUUUUCGUGUGGCAGAAUUACGCUUUGAAAACUCUUGAUGUUGAAAACAAACUAUAUGGGAAAUCCUGUAAUUCAACAAAUGUAGUAAAAGGUGUAUGUUUGUGGACAAGGUUUCCAAUUACAGAAUUACUACUGAGGUUAGCAAAUGCAGCUGGCAUUGGUUCGCCAUUGGUGUUCUUACAUGCUAAUACUUGACAAUGUUAUAUAAAAUCCUAACAAAUUAUUUACUUAAAGGAUAGAUUCAUCUUUUUUCAAGUCUGUCUUAAAUCAAUAGUCAGCUGCCUAUAUGAGCACUGAAAGUUUAAUCAUUCCUCCUGUUCAUACUGGCCAUUAGAAGAUACCCACCAAAUGCACUCCAACAGUCCUCGUCAUGAGCAAAAAUGUAUUGUUAAGGUUAUUUGAACUAAUAUGAGGCUGCAGCCAUCCAAAUUAGACAACUAUCAAGUGGAUAUCUUCCAAAGUUCGGACAUUUUGUACUAAAAAGCGUUUUCCCAGACAGGGAGUCCUUGCUGAGCUGCUGUGGAAGAAUAGUAACAAAAAGACAGUUACUUUGGAAGAUAUUCACUGGAUUAAGCUCAUUUGGAUGGCUGCAGCCUCAUAUUAAACUUUUACUAAUACAGUUUUGUGCUGAAGAAGGAAUGAUUACAGCAAGUAAACCUGUUCCAGUGUUCAUAUGAGCACCUGACUACUAUUUUAAGACAGACUUUAAAAAUUGUGAACCUAUCCUUUAAGAACUGAUACUAAUGGAAUAAUGAUUGUGGAUCAUAGCAGCGAGGAGAGGAUGGUGCUAAGAUAAGGUUGCUGUAUUUAAUUGCUGUGUUUAAAUGCUGUAUUUAAUUGUAAAUUGCUGUAGUUACAGUGUGAUUGUGAAGUCACUAAUUGUCAGCACUACAUGAAUGUGCAAAGAAAGUGAACACAGAAAGCCAUCAAUGAUUAGUUGUGUCUGUACUAUGGAUUUACAGUGAAUGUGUUCUUUUGACAGCUGGUGAUUGUAAUAAAGCAUUUUCUUUUAAAAAAU